UUUAAGCAGGAAGACGUAUACAGAUGUGUGUUUUUGCUUGAAAAAGGUAUGUUAAUUUGGUAAAUUAGACGAGUAUUUGUUUAGCCAAGAAUUUAUGGGAGCUUUUUAAAGUAAAUACUUGUAACUUUGAAAAGUUAGUUUGUGCACAAACGACUACGUUUAAAAGUGAAAGUAAUUUGGCUGGGCGAGACAAACAGGAAAGAGAUAAGAAGAAAAAAAACUGGAGUUAACAACAAAAUGGCUGCAAACAUCCCACAGGCUGAAGAAGACUGCACCUGCCCAGUUUGCUGUGAUUUAUUCACUGAUCCUGUUGUGUUGCUGUGCGGUCACAGCUUCUGUAAGAACUGCCUUCAGGAAUGGUGGAGACAGAGCAGGCUGAGGACGUGCCCAGUCUGUAAAGAAACAUUUGCAAUGCCUCAGCCACCUCGAAACAUAGCCCUGAACAACCUGUCUGAGUCUCUGAGACAGGCGAGGACAGCCACAGGGCGACCCGUGCAGCUCUGCCCUCUGCACAGCGAGGAACUCAAACUUUUCUGUGAGGAUGACAAACAGCCCGUCUGUUUGGUUUGCCGGGAUGCGAAAACACACAAGAAACACAACUGUGUUCCCAUAAAUGAAGCAGCAGAGGAGUACAGAGCUCAACUUCAGAUCAACCUGCUAAACCUGAAACGUCUACGGGGAUCGUAUGAAAUGGUUAAACAGAACUGUGAUAAAAUGGCUGCUCACAUCCAGCUUCAGGCUCAGCAGACUGAGAAGAAGAUCAGAGCUGAAUUUCAAAAGUUUUACAAGUUCCUGCGUGAAGACGAGGCUGGAAGGAUCGAUGCAUGUCGCAAAGAAGCAAAAGACAAGAGCGAAGCGAUGAGCUUGACCACUUUAAACCUGGCUGCAGAGAUUUCUGAACUCACACAGAAAAUCCAAAAAACAGAAGAGGAGAUGAGAACAGGAGACCUGUCAUUCAUCCUGAAUUUAAAAACAACUAUGAAGCGAUCUCUGUGCAAGCUGCCAGAGCCAAAAAGUCCAACAGGGGCUUUGAUGGAUGAGGCCAAACACAUCGGGAACAUGCAGUUCUCAGUCCUAAAGAAGAUGUCAGAUAUCAUACAAUACACUCCUGUCAUUUUAGAUCCAAAUGUUGGCAGCAGGGAAACAGUUGUAUCCGAAAACUUAACAAGUGCAGCAAACAGUGACAAGGCACUACCAUUUCCAGACAACCCUGAACGGCUAGGAGCUUCAGAGAUUCUUGGAUAUAAAGGCUUUAAUUCUGGUAAACAUAGCUGGGAUGUAGAGGUGGGUGGGUACUGGGCAGUGGGCGUGGCUGCUAAGACUGACAACAAAGUUUAUAGAAGGAUCUGGGCCAUCUACAUGUGUGUUUGCACCGAUAUCCUCCGUGAACUUACCCCAGAAGAUUAUGUCAAAGAAGUAGCACAAGAUUCAUUUCCUCAAAAGGUCAGAGUGCAGAUCGAUUACGACCAAGGAGUCCUGUCAUUUUUAGACCUUGUUCGAAACAAGUCCGUUCAUACAAUCAAACACACUUUCACAGAAACGGUCUUUCCCUACUUUAAUGGAAACGCCAAACUUGUCCCUGCUAAAGUGUCAGUCAGCGUAAAGCAACCUAAAACCUCUUAGACUGCUUUAUUGGAUUGUUUGAAACAACAUUAGUUUGGAUGUUAGAGGUUUGUCUAAACCUUUUAAAUUCAGCAAGUUUACACUCCUUUCUGAUAAAGUAUCGCAUCAUUAUACACUUUUGCAUCAAGUAUGUAUUUAAACUUUGACUAGGACUGCUUUGUGAAGUAUGAAAAAUAGAAAACAGUCCAUGAGCAGCAGGAAACUUUAAUAAGUCUUCAAAUUUGGGCUGUUUUUUAAUGAGUUUAAUGUUUUACAAACAUUCAUUAUUUUAAUUUAGAUGGUAGAGUUUUUUUUUACAGUUACUUACAUGGAAAAUAACACAUUUUAAGAUGAUAUUAAAGGAUUUCAUGACAUUUCAAUGAUACCUUUUAUAUUAUUAGGGUGUCUGUACGAUAAAUUUGAUCGUAAAGAUGUUAAAGGUAAGAUCAAUAAAUAAAUCUUGUGAAGUAUUUUGGUCUUUGUUUCAUAAUAAAAUCGUUUGACCUUGAGAAAUGUUAGUUUUAGAAAUUUAAUUCAGGUUUUGCACAAUAUUUUUCCAACAUCGUGAGACGUUACAAAAUCCAGUAGCUCUCAGAGUAAGUGGAGAUUGCUCUCAGUUACUAACACGCCAAAUUUUAGCUCAAUUCAUGCAAAAUUGACAGAAUUAUAGCCUUUUUUUGCAGCUGUGGUGAUUAUCUUGAAUUAGAAGUCCAAUAUUAACGAUGCACGUCCAAUUUUGACUUCUUAAAAGUUUCACAUGUAUCUCUUUAGCUCAUGGGAUGUUUUGCUGACAGACAGAUAAAAAAAAGAGAAAUGAGCGAUGUUUCAAUCUGGGAGAAAAACAUCUAAUGUAUUUAUUUUUAGUCAAUUUUGGGAAUCGAAAAGGAAUCUCAGCCAUCACACCCAUGCUGAUUCUCACGUGUAACAUGUCUGCCAUGUUAUUUUAAACGCAUAAAAACAGAAGUUACAAAAAAAAUUAUUGAAGGAAGAAAGCUCUGAUGGGGAGAAAAUGUACAGUUUUUAUUUGUAUUAUUUUGAAUGCUUUAUAAAAAAAAAUGUGUGUAAUAAAUGCAUGUUUUUCAGA